CCUCAUGUGCUUGCAGGACUCGGUUUCUGUACGGUUGUCUGUGCGCUUUUCCGUGCGUGCGUGUCGGUGCGAGCACCCGCAGCAUCAGUAACACAAAGAGGGUCGAAGAGCUGUGGAUGGGAGAUACAAGGCGCCGUGGGCAACUUCAAGACCGAUUUGCGGGCAAACAAGAUCACUUAUAAGAGAGGCGACGACAGGGCAAAUUCCAGCCGUUCAGACACCUGUUUGUGAAGAGGAAGAAGAAGGCAGCAGAGCGGGAGUUCGAUACAGCAGAGCUGAAGGCUAGCUUCUCCACACGGGAAGUGUCUAACGGAGUCCCCUCAGAUGAUGAGGAGACCAAUCAACAUCUGAGGGAGCUGAACCCCAUUGGGUCUCAAGCCCUCUCCCACGACAGUGUGUUUAUUCCAGGGGAAGCAGUACAGGAGCUCAGCCCAGAACAAACCAUGUCCCAGGAAAACGUCUCCGAUAAAGUCAGGAACUUGCAGCGGCAGAUAGCACAGAAUAUCAAGUUUGGCCAGAAGCCCCCCUCUCUGAGGAAGAGCGAGGGAGACGAGGGCAGCUCGGAUGAAGAGGAGGUGCCCAGUAGCCCUCUGAGGGUCUUAGCCCAGGUGGAGGCUGAGCCAGUGGACACAGAGCCAAAGGGGGCCAGUCAGGACCAAGAGGCCGGUGAGAGCCAUGGAGCUCCCCAGGCUGAAGCCCCCAGCACUCCAGUGAAAUCUCCCAGGUCCAAACAAGUUCUUCCAGCCAUCGGCACCAUUGAGUCCAUCGACCUGGAUGGAGUCUCACAGUCUGUCCCUCGGCUGGACAACACCGCUGCCAAGCAUAAGCUGUCUGUCAAACCCAAAAACCAGAGGAUCUCCCGCAAGCACCACCGGUAUACACAGGAUCUGCAAGAGGUGGAUAUCCCUGGCAUACAGCAGGAGGAGAAAGAUGCAGCAGAAAGCCAACACAGGAACGCUGAGGAGGAGACACCCCCAGAGAAAACCAGGAAGCAGAAACUGCAGGAGGAGAGAUGGGAGUCCAGGAGAAAGAGAGAACUGGCGGAACAGAGGCACAGAGAGGAAGAGGAAGAUAGGAAGAAGAAAGCAGAGGAGUGGCGGCUGUGUGAGUUAGAGGAGGAGCGAUGUUGCAAACAAGAGGAGGGACGUAUACUUAAAAAGGAGGAGGAAAGGAGGCAGAGAGAGGAGAUGGAGAGGAGGAUGAAAGAAGAAGAGGAGAGGAGGCAGAGAGAGGAGAUGGAGAGGAGGAUGAAAGAAGAAGAGGAAAGGAUAGAGAAAGAAGAAGAAAGAAGGAUGAGGGAGGAAUUGGAGCUUAUGCAACGAGAGGAGAAGGAGAGGACACUGGAGGAAGAGGAAAAGAAGAAAGAGGAAGAGGAAAGAAGUAGGAAAGAAGAAGAGGAGAGGAAGCAGUGUGAACCGGAGGCAGAGCCUCUUCGUGUAGAUGAGGAAAAGAGUGUAACAGAGGCAGAAGAGGAAGAGGAGAGAAUGAAAAAACAGGUGAAGAAAAAGAGAAAACUGCAUGCAGAGGAGGAGAGGAAGAAAAAGGAGGAGGAGAAGAGGCUGUGUGCAGAAGCGGCUGCGAGUAGCUCUGACCCUGAGAGGAAGAGGAGGGCAGAGGAGGUGCGCUGGAGAGAGAUGGAGAAGAGACAGAGGCCGUUCACCUUCAAAGGGUCCUCUGGGGAGAAGCAGAUCCUGCUCCAGAAGGUCAACCUAACGCCUGUUAUACCAGCCUCCAGUCAGCAGGGGAGCGCUGUGACUGAACACAGAGACAGAGCCAAGGCCUCAUCGCUUGGAGGAGCAGACUCCCCCACCCUCCUGUCCUCUCAGUAUGUCCGCCACACAGCCAUCCUGGUGACAGGUGCCCAGCUAUGUGGGACUGCUGUCAACCUGGACCAUAUCAAAGAAAUCACUUGUAAGUCUCUCCUGGGUCUGGCAGAUGAAAAGAAAGCUGCCAUGGGAACCCCACCACCAACCGAGAGCAAGACCCCACCAGUACGCAAGUCUGGAAAAACCAAAUCCCUCAGUGAGUCCACAGACCAGUCCAGUGCAGCCGUUCUUGCAGAGUGGGCCAGUAUCCGCUGCAAGAUAUUUAAGGGGGCGGAGGAGGGGAAGUUUGAGGAAUACCCAGACCCCCAUAACCAAAGCCGACACAGCAGUGAGGACCAGAGUCCGUUCCCCCAUACCAACCUCAGGAAGACCAUGUCCGCCAGCGCCAAGUUCUCCAUCACUCCGGCCAGGAAUAAGUUUGCCGACUCCAGCAGGGACUCUGAGGUGUUGAAUCUGGAAGAGAAGGAAGGAGGAAGCCCAGCCUCUGCUCUCUCCAACAUCUCCUCCAGCACCUCUGUUCCCCCUGCAGCCUCACCAGCCCCAGGCAGCAAAGCCCAGAGCAGGGGUGGUAAGACCGUCUGGAUCGCAGCCGGAAAAGGGGAGUGCAUGUUUGCCAAAGACCUCCCAUCGUUCAUAGUCCCCAGGUCUUCCCAGUGGUCCCCCAGACCUGAGGGGUCAGUGACAGACGCUGUGAGCCUGGGAGGAGAAUCAGAGGACUCUGACGGCCGGGAGGAAGGGGGGGAGCAGGGCCCGCCCUCUCCGUUUGGGAUCAAGCUGAGGAGGACCAACUACUCCCUCCGCUUUCGCAGUGAUCAGUCGACAGACAAGAGGAAGAAGAGGUACAGCGCCGGUGACAGCUUCAACGGUGUCCCCUCACCUCUGACCCCCAUUGACCCUGACUCUGACACCUCAGUUUUCUCUGAUAGAUCCAGCCCUGCGUCUCCACUCAGAGAGAGCAUUCCUGGGGUAAAGCCUGGACAUAUGGUUGUAUCUCUUCCAAAGCCCCGUGCCAAAGCAGGCAAGUCUCCCACCCCUUCCAUGCACAGCGAGGAGGAGAAGCCGUCCAAACCCUCACUCUACCAAAGACCGAGCACAUCCCCUAAACCUGCCACCCCUCCCCCCUCUCCACUCCCCAAGGUGGGCAGAGGGGGUUCAAGCGAUGCAGUGGUCCAGAGGACGAGGGUGGGGGCUGAUUCAGCUGGUCAUGAGGAGCGAGAUGAGAGGAGGGAAGAAACCUCAGCUGUGGCCCAGCUCCACAGGAACGGCCAGGGACAGGGCCAGGGGGGUCAGGGGGAGGAGGAGCCCAAGGAGAAGAGGUCCUUCUUCCCCUCCAUCAGUAUUCCCUGGAGGGAGAAGGCUGACAGGAAAACAGAGCUCAUCAGGAAAGAGGGGAAGCCAUCGCUGCAGAGCAGGCACUCGUUAGACAGCGUAGGGGUCCAGGACAAGGAGGCGGGGCCUCCGUGGAUCACGCUGGCGCUGCAGAAACAGAAGGGCUUCAAGGAGCAGCAGCAGAGCCGAGACGAGCGCCGCAGCAAUAGAGAUGCCAAACUGCCUGAGAAACAGGCCAAGGACAAAGACAGCUGUGUGUUGGUUAGUCCUUCAGAGGGUAAGGGGAGUGGAAACACCAGCCCUCCCAAAUCACAGACACCGGAGGAGGCCAAGAGACCAGACACCCUCCUGGGCUGCUUUGAGCGCCGGGACCACUUGAAGAAAGCCAACACUCUGCCCAGCACAGUCACAGUUGAGAUUGCAGACUCCACACCAUCGCCCCCUGCAGUGAAGGAGGUGACCAAGCGCUUCCCGUCCACUGACUCUCCCCAGGUGUCCACUGAACCGGCCUGGUUAGCUCUGGCCAAGCGCAAGGCCAAGGCCUGGAGUGACUGCCCUCAGAUCAUCAAAUAACCUCCUCUUUAACCUCUACACUGCAUCAGUACUGUACACACACUGCCCAUGAACUAUGACCCCUGUCCCAAACCAUCCUAACCUCUCCUCUCUGCCCCUGCACUCUAACCUCAACCCAAGCCUCCUCCCAUUUCACCAUAACCAUGUACUUGUAUGAUUAAAAGUGUGUUUCACAUUCAUAAUAUAAACACAGUCACACAUUUACAAACACCAACACUCAGUACAAGCAUGCACUUAUACGAACACCUGAAAACACAAACUUUAAGAUUACCUGACUGUAUGUUAUCAACUGUAUAUCUUCCAACAAGUCAAAAGAUCCUACAGUAGCCAAUCAUGGCCACUGCUUGCCAUUGCAAUAGCCAAUCCCAACCCUUACUUCCCAACAGUAGCCAAUCAAAGCACCACGGCUGUAAAUAGAUCAUGCACUUAACAUAAUACAAGAAAAAAAAGCUUAUGUAUUGCAAAGAUAAAUCCCACAGGUCUGAAAAAGGAUAUAGAUUCUUCAUUCAGGGGUACUUUGGGAACAGUGUUUUAAGGGCUACCAGUAACCAAUAAACCAACAUGACAGAUGAUCACCCAGUUGUAUCACCCUUAGAACAACAAUAUUUCUGUUACCUUAUCUCGUGGGUAUUAUUUCAAGCACUGAUUUUAACAGUGAUGAAACAAUAUAUUUGUAAUCUCUGAGCCUUGUCUGCGAUGUACAAAAGCUUAUUUUUUUUACUUGUAUUCAAAAGCAGUACUUAGUAUAACUAUUCUCACUGUGCCCGUGAUGACUGUGACAGCUGUCUAAGAUACUAUAUUGUAAAAAAAAUUAAAAAUCCCUUAACAAAGUUGUUUGAAAAUCACCGCAGUUUGUAAAAUAACACUAAAAUCUGUCAUAAUCAAAUGUCGACUGCACUGAAACACAGCACUAAAGACCAAGGUUCAGGUGGUUGUGAAUUGCACAGUAUUCUCACCAUUCUAAUGUUCAUGGAUUUUGCUUUGCUAUGGAAAGAGACUACCUGCCUGCUGUAACAUCCAUGUGCUCAAGUCACCGCUAAUGUGAUGAUCCAUAAGGCCUUUACAUGGUCCUCCAUCAUUUGGAAAGUCACAUUCUCUGAAUCCCAUCAUUGGACAAGUUAAACUGUAUCACAUCCUCUUAAUUUACCUCAAUGUGAUUUGAACCAAUCAGCCCUGCUGUGAGAACCUCUGCUGGGCUGUUUGUUGGUGACCGACAGCAUAUGGAUAUUUCUUCCAUUAUCUUCCUCUCACUACUCAAUGUAAUGAUCUGUAUGUAUGGAUGUAAGUAUGGAUGUAUGUUAGAGGCGGUUUCACCAGGACAUUGGUCAGAAAGAAGCCCGUAAGGCUCAAUCAGUCACUUUGUCAUUUUAUUUUAUUUUUUACCUUUGGUCGUGUGCAAUAGUGUAGUGUACAUAGUGUUGUAUGUAAAAAAAAAUUGGGGUAAUAAUUGCACUUUUUUGUCCCACUUAAAAAAGGUAUUCAUGAGAACAUCUUUAAAGUGAUGCAAAUGUUAUGAAUUAUAAAUUAAAUGUCUGAACUCAAA